AUGGCUUCCUACGAGACAGUCCUCAAGCGCAAAUACCCCGCCAAGGAGCAUGCGAGAAAGGUGGUGGAAUACUUGCGAAAGAAGAACCCAGAUAUCAAUGGAGUGCUCUAUCUCGAGGGCCAGAAGACAAAGAUGAUCGAAGACAAUGAUGGAGAGGCUCCUUUCCGACAGCGCCGCUACUUCUUCUACCUAACGGGCUGCCCCUUGGCAGACAGCUACUUCACCUACGACAUCGCCACCGAUAAAUCUACCCUCUUCAUUCCCCCUAUCGACCCUGAGUCCGUAAUCUGGUCCGGGCUACCCGUCUCCGAAGAAGAAGCUUCCUCCCUCUACGACGUCGAUCACGUACAGACCACAACGGAAGUAGCCUCGGUCCUCACACACCCGCAUAAAGUCCCCGUCUGGGCCAUCGCCAACCAAGUCUCCGAUCACAUCUCCUUCCUCUCCUUCAGUUCUACCAAUUUCACACAACUUAAAGAGGCUAUUGAGGAAUGUAGAGUAGUGAAGGACGCGUACGAAAUUGCGCUGAUCAAGAAGGCGAAUGCUAUUUCGACGAUUGCGCAUACGGAAGUGUUGAAGCGGGUGAAGGGCGCGAAGAAUGAGAGGGAGUUGGAGGCGGCAUUCAUUGAGAAAUCUAUCGCGAAUGGGGCUAGGGAGCAGGCGUACCAUGGUAUUUUUGCUAGUGGGGAGGCUGCUGCUACGCUGCAUUAUGUAAAGAAUGAUCAGCCGUUGGAGGGGAAGCUCAAUGUGUUGCUUGAUGCGGCUGGGGAGGUUGAUUGCUAUGCUUCAGAUAUUACAAGGACUUUCCCCAUUUCUGGCACUUUCUCUCCCGAAAGCAGAGCCAUCUAUGAUAUUGUUCUGGAAAUGCAACAUGUCUGCAUAAACCUGCUAAAAGCAGGCGCAGUAUGGGAUAACAUCCACCUUAAAGCCCACGAAAUCGCCAUUGAAGGUCUUCUGAAGCUAGGAAUAUUACAAGGGACCCCGGAAGAUAUUUUGAAGAGCAGAACAAGUGUCGCUUUCUUGCCGCACGGUUUAGGUCAUUAUCUGGGUAUGGAUACACAUGACACGGGCGGCCAUGCGAAUUACGCGGAUACAGAUAGUAUUUUCCGGUAUUUGAGAGUCCGGGGCAAAGUACCCGCUGGGGCUGUGAUUACUGUUGAGCCUGGUAUAUACUUCUGCCGCUUUAUUAUUGAGCCGUACCUCCGGGAUCCUGUUCACGCUCAGUAUAUCAACUUCGAUGUCUUGAAUAAGUAUUGGGCUGUUGGAGGUGUUAGGAUUGAGGAUAAUAUUUUGGUGACGGCGGAUGGGCAUGAAAAUUUGACAACGGCGGUCAAGGAUGUGGCGGAGAUGGAGAAGAUUAUAAAUGGUUCGUAA